AUGGCUGAUCUCCUCAAAAACACUAGUAAGGCUGAGGUUGUUCACACCGUUGAUAGUGACCUAGAAAUCAACAAGGAUGAACAAGGGUUUGCUAAGAAUACCAAUUUUACCAGGGAUGUCAAUGACAUCGACAAUAAUAAGCACCCUAAGGCCAAGACUGAAACUGAUACUAAUGUGGUAGACUUAGAUGAGUACUCUGACGAUGAAUUACUUACCUCCUUGAAGCUUAGUGUAGCCAACAGGCUAAUGACAAGAAGAAAAGGCAAAGUUGUUGUCCAAGGAUCUCCUAAAAGGAGCACUCAAGUGAAUAACCCUGCCAAAGACGCUGUCAGCAAGGUCACUCCAAAGAAAAGAAAGGAAAGGGAAAUUUUUGAACCUGAAUCUGAUGUUGAAGUGAAUGUCCCUGACAUUCCAUCGAGGAAGAAGCCUACAACCGGAAAACUUGUUUCUAGUAUUCCUGAAGUUCCCAUUGAUAAUGUGUCUUUCCACUAUGCCUCUAGUGCCAGUAGAUGGAAGUAUGUUCUCCAAAAGAGAUUGGCUGUUGAAAGAGAAUUGGCUCCAAAUGCUCUUGAGAACAAGGAAGUCUUAGAGCUGAUUCAAGAAGCUGGACUGCUAAAAACAGUUUGCAAUCUUCCCAAAUGUUAUGAGAAGCUGGUCAAAGAACUUGUGGUGAACCUAUCUGAAGAUUGUGGCAACAACAGGAGUGUGGACUUCAGGAAAGUGUUUGUGAGAGGUAACUGUGUCUCAUUCUCUCCAUCUGUGAUUAAUAAUUUCUUGGAAAGAACAGAUGAAACUCAACCUGAGCUUGAAGUAACAGACAACAAAGUUUGUCAAGUGAUCACAUCCAAGCAAGUAAAUAGUUGGCCUCUAAAAGAGAAGCUAACUGCAAGUAAGCUGAGCAUCAAGUAUGCGAUGCUUCACAAGAUAGGAGCAGCUAAUUGGGUGCCAAUAAAUCACAAGUCCACUAUUUCAACUGUACUUGGGAGAUUUAUAUAUGAUGUAGGGACAAAGGCAAAGUUUGAUUAUGGAGCAUAUAUUUUUGACCAAACCAUGAAGCAUGCUAGAAGCUUCAGUAUUAAGGGUCCAAUUGCGUUUCCAUCCCUCCUGUUUGGUAUAAUUCUGGAUCAGUAUCCAAACAUUCUCAAUGAGCAUGAUGUAGUGUCCAAAAGAGAAAGUCCCUUGGCCUUCCAUUACAAACUGUUUCAGGGUAAGCAUGUUCCAGACAUUGUCAUGACAUCAGCUGAAACUUCCAAAUCUGGAGCAUCAGUUAGAAAAGCAUAA